CUCCUUCCAUCUCACCUUUUCCUAUUUCUAAUCUCUCCCGUUCUUCUUCUCUUCGUCGGAGAGCGGGUGAAUGGUAGUCGGGAGAUAGGGAUUCCAGCCUCCUUUAUUCUCUUCGGCAUCUAACUUUUUGGGCAAUUAUUAGGGCUUCGUUGGGCGGUGAGAGGGGGAGAAGGGUGAUAUGGCGGGCGACAAGGGGCUAAGUCUCGAGGAGAUCAAGAACGAGACCGUUGAUCUGGAGAGGAUUCCCGUGGAGGAGGUAUUCGAGCAGUUGAAAUGUACCAAGGAAGGUCUCACGUCGGACGAGGGAGCCCAAAGGCUCCAGAUCUUUGGGCCCAACAAGCUCGAAGAGAAAACGGAAAGCAAGUUUCUCAAGUUUCUUGGCUUCAUGUGGAAUCCCCUCUCAUGGGUGAUGGAGACAGCUGCCAUAAUAGCCAUCGCAGCGAGGGGGAAGAACCCUGACUGGCAGGACUUUAUUGGGAUUGUCGUCCUUCUCGUUAUCAACUCCACCAUCUCAUUCAUCGAAGAGAACAACGCUGGUAACGCAGCCGCCGCUCUCAUGGCCCGCCUUGCUCCUAAAACUAAGGUCCUUAGAGAUGGUAGGUGGUCUGAGGAGGAUGCUUUCAUCCUUGUACCCGGAGAUAUCAUUAGCAUCAAGCUUGGAGACAUUAUCCCAGCUGAUGCUCGGCUUCUUGAGGGUGAUCCCCUGAAGAUUGACCAGUCUGCUCUCACCGGUGAAUCUCUUCCUGUGACUAAGAGCCCUGGAGAUGAGGUUUUCUCUGGUUCAACCUGCAAACAGGGAGAGAUUGAGGCAGUUGUUAUUGCCACUGGUGUCCAUACAUUCUUUGGCAAGGCUGCCCACCUUGUUGAUAGUACCAACCAAGUUGGUCACUUCCAGCAGGUUCUUACCGCCAUUGGGAAUUUCUGCAUCUGCUCCAUUGCCAUUGGCAUGCUUGUCGAGAUUGUAGUAAUGUAUCCGAUCCAGCAUCGUAAAUACAGGGAUGGGAUUGACAAUCUGCUUGUUCUCCUGAUUGGAGGCAUUCCAAUUGCCAUGCCCACCGUUUUGUCAGUCACCAUGGCGAUUGGAUCUCAUCGGUUAUCACAGCAAGGUGCAAUUACGAAGAGGAUGACUGCCAUUGAGGAGAUGGCAGGCAUGGAUGUGCUUUGCAGUGAUAAGACGGGAACGCUAACUCUUAACAAGCUGAGCAUUGAUAAGAAUCUUAUCGAGAUUUUUGCAAAGGGAUAUAGCAAGGAAGAUGUUGUUCUAUUUGCUGCAAGGGCAUCAAGGACAGAAAACCAGGAUGCCAUUGAUGCUGCCAUGGUUGGGAUGCUUGCAGAUCCUAAAGAGGCAAGGGCUGGCAUCACUGAGGUCCACUUCCUUCCUUUUAACCCUGUUGACAAGAGGACUGCUUUAACUUACAUUGAUGCUCAAGGGCACUGGCACCGUGUCAGCAAAGGUGCUCCUGAACAGAUACUUAGCCUAGCCAAUGCCAGGGAAGAUGUUAAGAAUAAGGUUCACAGUGUGAUUGACAAGUAUGCUGAACGUGGACUUCGGUCUCUUGCUGUUGCCAUCCAGGAUGUUCCAGAAGGGAACAAGGAAAGUGCAGGAGGGCCAUGGCAAUUUGUAGGUCUUUUACCUCUCUUUGACCCCCCUAGGCAUGACAGUGCCGAAACCAUCCGUAGAGCUCUAAAUCUCGGCGUUAAUGUUAAAAUGAUCACUGGUGAUCAGCUAGCCAUUGCUAAGGAGACUGGCCGAAGGCUUGGAAUGGGAACUAACAUGUAUCCUUCCUCAGCAUUGCUGGGCCAGAAUAGGGAUGCGUCAAUUGAUGCCCUCCCUGUGGAUGAAUUAAUUGAGAAGGCUGACGGUUUUGCUGGAGUGUUUCCAGAGCACAAGUAUGAAAUUGUGAAGAAGCUGCAGGAGAGAAAGCACAUUUGUGGAAUGACCGGAGAUGGUGUCAAUGAUGCUCCUGCAUUGAAGAAGGCUGAUAUAGGAAUAGCUGUUGCAGAUGCAACUGAUGCUGCCAGAAGUGCUUCAGAUAUCGUUCUUACAGAGCCUGGCCUUAGUGUCAUCAUCAGUGCUGUGCUAACAAGCAGAGCUAUCUUCCAGAGAAUGAAGAACUACACUAUUUAUGCAGUCUCCAUCACCAUUCGGAUUGUGCUUGGUUUCAUGCUUAUUGCAUUAAUUUGGAAAUUUGAUUUCUCACCUUUCAUGGUUUUGAUUAUUGCAAUUCUGAAUGAUGGUACUAUUAUGACAAUCUCAAAAGAUCGAGUAAAGCCUUCUCCAGUACCUGAUAGCUGGAAGCUUAAAGAAAUUUUUGCCACUGGAAUAGUGCUGGGCAGUUAUCUCGCUUUGAUGACUGUCAUCUUCUUUUGGGCUAUGAAAGAAACCGACUUUUUCUCUGACAAGUUUGGCGUUCGAUCGCUGAGGGGAAGCAAUCAUGAGAUGAUGGCUGCACUUUACCUACAAGUGAGCAUUGUGAGCCAGGCCCUAAUAUUUGUGACUCGUUCCCGAAGCUGGUUCUUUGUUGAACGUCCUGGGCUUCUCUUAAUCAGCGCUUUCAUCAUUGCUCAACUUGUUGCAACCUUUAUAGCUGUCUUCGCCAACUGGGAAUUUGCAAAAAUUAAAGGUUGUGGCUGGGGCUGGGCUGGAGUUAUCUGGCUCUACAGUGUAGUCUUCUUUCUUCCUCUUGACUUGUUGAAAUUCGCCAUCCGCUACAUUCUCAGUGGAAAGGCAUGGGACACCCUCAUCGACAGUAGGACUGCGUUCACUUCCAAGAAGGAUUAUGGUAGAGAAGAAAGGGAGGCGCAAUGGGCGAUGGCGCAGAGAACCCUCCAUGGCCUGCAGCCUCCUGAGACUAACACCCUCUUCACUGACAAGAGCAGCUACCGCGAGCUAUCGGAGAUUGCCGAGCAGGCCAAACGCCGUGCUGAAGUUGCAAGGCUCCGUGAGCUGAAUACAUUGAAGGGACAUGUAGAGUCAGUUGUGAAGCUGAAGGGUCUCGACAUUGAUACCAUUCAGCAACAUUACACAGUCUGAUCUGCGGGACCACAGAUAGAAGGAAUGCUUCUCGCUUUGUAUUCUAUGGCCGCUUGGGUUUUGCGCCAAAUUAUCUAAUGAACUCUUUUUUUUUUUUUUUUUUUUUUUGAGUUUUUUUUUCCUUAUAUCAAACUAGUUCUACCUACUUUUUUCCUUAAUAUGCUCUUAUAUAGUAUUUCUUUAUUAUUGUUAGAGCUAUGAAGAGCAUAUGAUAUAUUUCUUUUUUUUUUAUUUAGCCCAUUUGGGAGAAUGGAAAUGUAAUCCUUCCAAUAAUUCAAAACCCAGAUAUUCUUGCCCUCA